GCUCCUGCCCGCCUCCUUAUUAAGCGCCUCCCGCCGGGCCUUGGCUCCCGCUUGCUUCACUGCGCUCCCUCCUUCCCCGCUUUCCGUAUCUCCCUGGCUCGGCUCGGUUCCCGUGGCCACCCGCAGCCCCUGCCCAGGUGCCAUGGCUGCUGUGUACCGCCCCGGCCUGCGGCUUAGCUGGCAUGGGCUGAGCCCCUGGGGCUGGUCAUUAUGCCGCAGCAUCCAGACCCUGCGCACGCUCAGUGUAGAUCUGAGCCAGCUACCUGCUGGGGUUCGAGACUUUGUGGAGCACAGUGCCCGCCUAUGCCAACCAGAAGGCAUCCACAUCUGUGAUGGCACCGAGGCCGAGAAUACUGCUAUACUGACCCUGCUGGAGCAGGAAGGCCUCAUCCGAAAGCUCCCCAAGUACAAUAACUGCUGGCUGGCCCGCACAGACCCCAAGGAUGUGGCACGAGUAGAGAGCAAGACGGUGAUUGUAACUCCCUCUCAGCGGGACACGGUGCCCCUCCCGGCUGGUGGGGCCCGUGGGCAGCUUGGCAACUGGAUGUCCCCAGCUGAGUUCCAGCGAGCCAUGGACGAGAGGUUUCCAGGCUGCAUGCAGGGCCGCACCAUGUAUGUGCUUCCAUUCAGCAUGGGUCCCGUGGGCUCCCCACUGUCUCGCAUCGGGGUGCAGCUCACUGACUCAGCCUAUGUCGUGGCAAGCAUGCGUAUUAUGACCCGGCUGGGGACACCUGUGCUUCAGGCCCUGGGAGAGGGCGACUUCGUCAAGUGUCUGCACUCUGUGGGCCAGCCCCUGACUGGGCAAGGGGAGCCGGUGAGCCAGUGGCCAUGCAACCCAGAGAAAACCCUGAUUGGCCAUGUGCCCGACCAGCGGGAGAUCGUCUCCUUCGGCAGCGGCUAUGGUGGCAACUCCUUGCUGGGCAAGAAGUGCUUUGCCCUGCGCAUCGCCUCUCGGCUGGCCCGGGAUGAGGGCUGGCUGGCAGAGCAUAUGCUGAUCCUGGGCAUCACCAACCCUGCAGGAAAGAAGCGCUAUGUGGCAGCUGCCUUCCCCAGUGCCUGUGGCAAGACAAACCUGGCCAUGAUGCGGCCUGCACUGCCAGGCUGGAAAGUGGAGUGUGUGGGAGAUGACAUUGCCUGGAUGAGGUUUGACAGUGAAGGUCAACUCCGGGCCAUCAACCCUGAGAAUGGCUUCUUCGGGGUGGCACCUGGCACAUCUGCCACCACCAAUCCCAAUGCCAUGGCCACAAUCCAGAGUAACACUAUUUUCACCAAUGUGGCUGAGACCAGCGAUGGCGGCGUGUACUGGGAGGGCAUUGAUCAGCCUCUUCCACCUGGUGUCACUGUGACCUCCUGGCUGGACAAACCCUGGAAACCUGGUGACAAGGAACCUUGUGCACAUCCCAACUCUCGAUUUUGUGCCCCGGCUCGCCAAUGCCCCAUUAUGGACCCAGCCUGGGAGGCCCCAGAGGGUGUCCCCAUUGACGCCAUCAUCUUUGGAGGCCGCAGACCCAAAGGGGUUCCCCUGGUAUAUGAGGCUUUCAACUGGCGUCAUGGGGUGUUUGUAGGCAGUGCCAUGCGCUCUGAGUCUACUGCUGCAGCUGAACACAAAGGGAAGAUCAUCAUGCACGACCCAUUUGCCAUGCGGCCCUUUUUCGGCUACAACUUUGGGCGCUACUUAGAACACUGGCUGGGCAUGGAGGGACGCAAGGGGGCCCGGCUGCCCCGCAUCUUCCACGUUAACUGGUUCCGGCGUGACGAGGCAGGCCACUUCCUGUGGCCAGGCUUUGGGGAGAAUGUUCGAGUGCUAGACUGGAUCUGCCGGCGGUUAGAGGGGGAGGACAGUGCCCGAGAGACACCCAUUGGGCUGGUGCCAAAGGAAGGAGCCUUGGAUCUCAGUGGCCUUGGAGCCAUAGACACCACUCAGCUAUUCUCGCUCCCCAAGGACUUCUGGGAACAGGAGGUUCGUGACAUUCGGAGCUACCUGACAGAGCAGGUCAACCAGGAUCUGCCCAAGGAGGUGUUGGCUGAGCUGGAGGCCCUGGAGGGACGUGUACGCAGAAUGUGACCGGAGGCUCCAGGCUAGCAAGAGAGCACACUGCCACCCAUCUCGGAAUAGGAGAGCCAUCAGGCUUGCAGAAAAUAUGAGCAAAUCGAUGUUAACAUCUUCUGGGCGCCAUGAGACCAGGUCACAGACCU